CAGUGUCUCCUACAAAGGUUGCUUUGUGGAGCUGGCCUUACGACGAGAGAAUGGCCUCCGGUUGGUUCAUGGUAGCUCCGGCUAUGGCUACGACUACCUCUUCAAGCAGACCUUCGUCUCCGUUAUCGACUAGGCCCCUUGACGCAGCCGAUUCCAACGGCCUCGAAGCAUCUGUUCCAUUAUAUACGAAGAAUUCGCAAGAUAAUUUGAUACCCGAUUUCUACGCACCUCGUAGCUUCGAGUGCGCGGUGACCGGGAGCCGUCCACAUGCCAACGUCACGUGGCUCCUGGAUGGUAGUCCAUUGAGCGAGCACCUCAGCACCACUCGCAUUGACGGCAACGUAACGACAAGCGUGCUUCUCCUGCCACCUCUAAAGCACGCAGGGAAGCUGCUCGAGUGUCGUGCUACCAACGAUCGUCUGCAGCGCGGCCGUGCCAUCUUAAGUCGCUACUUGGCCGUUAAUUUAUCCGAUAAACCGGAAGUCAACCUCAAGCUAGGAGCCGGGCUCAACGCCAGCCAUAUUACUGAGGGCACCGACGUCUACAUGGAGUGUUCUGUCCUGGCAGCAUCUAAAGUCGGCGAAGUCACCUGGCGUCACCAAGGGCGUGAACUAGAAUCUGCUCCUGCUGAAGGCAUGCUGAUAACGUCGAGGUAUCUCGUCAUCCGGCGCGUGACUCCGAGUCACGCUGGAAGCUACACGUGCAGAAUCUCUAAAACAGGGGAGGACUACGUCGAAAGCGCACCGUUUCAUCUACGUCUUCAAUACUCGCCGAGAUGUGAUCCAGAUGCAGAGCAGACGAUACAACUGGAAAGGAACGCGACCGUCAACCUUACCUGCAACGUUCGAGCAAACCCGCGUGAUGACCUGCGCUAUUUUUGGCUCAUCGAAAACGCCAGCGAAGCUGCGAAGCACGUGAAGCAAGAUCUGCCGACAGCAGACAAAAAGCACGUACCGAAUCCGCAAGUGACGAAAUCAGAUCGCCUGGAAAUCAUCGCCAACGCCUCGAUAUUCAACGCUGCCCUCGCAUGCUGGUCCGAGAACUCCGUAGGAAUACAGAGAAGGCGAUGCCGCUUCAAGUUUGUGCCUCUAGGUGAAGCUUCGUCGUCCGGCCUCAUGUGCGUCGUGGGUAAUUACACGGACACGUCAUUUUCACUGGUCUGCUCUGCGCCUAUUGGAGAGAACGAGACGACUUCAAAGCAGUACCGGCGAGUUUUGGUGGAGGUGUUUGACUCCGAGAAGAGGAACCACUCCGAACGAAGCUUCUGGAGCGCCGAUUGGAGCGCUCCAAUGUUCGUCACUGGACUGCGCCCUUCUACGGAUUACUUGGUCGUGGUUCGAAUGACACCUGAGUCCAGCUUCCGGACUUACGUCCGCACGCUUAGUCCGGCCCAGACGCUGAAGGAACGGGAAGACACGAAGAGGACUGCGCGGCAUGACCAAUGGAGUCCAGCGCUGCGAGUCGUGCUGAUCACCUGCGCACUGGUUUCAGUGUCGGUGGCAUUCCUGGGAAUCUGUGUUGUGCACGCCUACAAGAAACGGUGGAAGUCACCACGAGUGACACGUCAAGACAGUGUCAACGUCAGGCCAGGGAGCAGGGAUUCAAGGUACAUUCGUGACCAGACGUCGUAUGUCGCCACAGCCGAACAUUGCUGACAAUCAUGGUAGGAAACAUGGUAAAAAAACAUUAAAUUAUGGGGUUUUAGGCGCCCAAACCGCGAUCUGAUUAUAAGGCACGCGGUAGUGGGGCGUGCGGUAGUGGGGUAGUGGGGCGUUGGAGAUUAAUUUGUACCACCUGGGGUUGUUUAUCGUGCACUUAAAUCCAAGUGCACGGGUGUCUUUGCAUUUCACCUCCAUCGAAAUGCGGUCGCCGUAGCCGGGAUUGGAUGCAGCGACCUCGUUGUAUUGUGCUGCUUAAGCACAACACCAAAGCCACUAAGCAACCACGGCGGGUAAGCGACUUGGCAAAUCAGGGUUCAGAUGCACAAUAAAAAGCUGAAACGCCAGAACUGCCCAAUAUAAAAUGUGGUUCCCUUCGGUAGCUGGAGAAAGUGUGGCCGAUUGCUUUGAUUUUGGCUCGCCAGAUUCAUUGUCCCAAAAGAAACACAUGCCCUGUUAUGUCCCGCGCAUAGGUAGCCAAAAUAAAUACUGACUCACAAAAUAUAUACUUAUGUGAAGGUUCAAUCUGAUUCAGACUUGCUGAAAUCACUCAAGUGGCCUCACUCUCAGUUAGAUUAACCAGAAAUCCGACUCAUCAGGCUUACUCGUACUCAAACUCGCCAAAAGCAGACUUAGAUGAAUAAAUCCAGACGCAAGCUCACUAGACAUAUAACUCAUCAGGCUCACCCGGACUCAUGCUCUCCCAAAUCAGACCUAGCGAGGGUUGCUCUUGCUAACUCACCAAAAGCAGACUCACUCUGACACGCUCACACUCACUGGCAGAGAAGAGACUGAAUGAGUCCCCUCAUGAGUGAGUUCGUCGUCUGUGAUACAGCCACGCAUAUUGCAUGUAGUAUUUAUGGUAAUGGCUGGAAAAGAAGCAGAUGGAAACAAAUUAUUACAUCACACCGAAGCAAAUAGCAGGCACAGGCAUCCAUGGCACGUCUGUGAUCCGGAUGCUUUGCGCCACACAGAAUGACAUUGAACCACAAUGCUGAGCUGUCUACACUAGCACCGAUAAGCUCCGGCCGUGGUCACGACCAGCGUAUGUACGAACAGUAUAAUAAAGACGUGUAUGGCC